GCGAAAUCGGGAUACCGCCUUCGCUGUCGGUACGCACACCGUGUUAUUGCGGCCGCCUCCGCCUCCGCCUCUAUAUAUCGGUUAUUGUCCUCCUUGACAAGAAUAUAUCGCUUAUUGUUCGUGCUCCUUCCGCUGCCACCGAUGGUCGCCGGCCAUCUCUAGCUCCGUCACUGUCGGUCUUUUCGAUUACGCGUUCGUUACUCCGUUGGGCUCAUUCGCCUCUUUCGUCCCGGUUUUGGGGCAUAUUCAGUACUGUUUGUGACAUGAUCAUUGAGGUCUGAAAUAGACGUUCCGUAAGAACGAUUCCGCCUUGUCCUGCUUCUACCUAUCCUUGUUUUGACUCUUCUUCCGAAAAUAACCAAGAACUAGAUUCGGAGUGCAGACGAGUAGCUGGGGAGAAACCAUUGGGUUGAUUUAGGUAAUAAAGGUUGAAGCUUUUUCAGUUGGAAAGAAAAGAAAUGUUGGACCUCAAUGUGGAGUCAGUGGGCGAGCCGACGGCUGUUGAAGACAAGGCAUUUUCUGAAGUCAGCGGCGGCGGCGCGCUGGUGGUUGCCUCGGUGAUCUCUGAAUCAUCCGUCGUUAACGCUGAGGCUUCUGCCGAUGCAGCGGCCUACGAGGACUCGUGCUCCACUGUGCCAAAAUUUGGCAUUUGGAAGAGCUCUUCAUCGGGCGAAGGCGAGAACCAUGUGGAGAUAGACGAGGAUAGGAACGAACUUUCACAGGAAUCCGGCUUAGUUACCUGGCAGCUAUUUCCACCGGAACCGGCAGUAGUUGUGGCACCUUCCUUGCCAUCAUCAUCAAGGCCGCAGUGGAUGAAGCUUAACUUCUACCAGGAGAAUGUUUUGUCACAGGUAGGUGGCUUUCGUCCUCAAUCCUGGCAGCAGCAUCAACGGCCAGGGCAGCCACAACCGCAGCCGCCACAGCCACUGCCGCAGCUACAGCCAAACCAACAACAGGUGAAGAAGAUUAGGAGAGGGCCUCGAUCAAGGAGCUCUCAGUACAGGGGAGUCACGUUCUACCGCAGGACAGGAAGAUGGGAAUCUCAUAUCUGGGAUUGUGGGAAGCAGGUGUAUCUGGGAGGUUUUGACACUGAUCAUGCGGCUGCAAGAGCAUAUGAUCGAGCUGCCAUCAAGUUCAGGGGAGUUGAUGCUGAUAUUAAUUUUACUCCCACUGACUACGAGGAGGAAAUGAAACAAAUGAGAAAUUUGACAAAAGAAGAAUUCGUGCACGUACUUCGGAGACGAAGCAAUGGAUUUUCAAGGGGAAGCUCCAAAUAUAGAGGGGUGACUCUUCACAAGUGCGGUCGAUGGGAAGCUCGCAUGGGGCACUUGCUAGGAAAAAAGUACAUAUAUCUUGGGCUAUUUGACAAUGAAAUAGAAGCUGCAAGGGCAUACGACAUGGCGGCUAUAAAAUGCAAUGGUAGGGAAGCUGUGACCAAUUUUGACUUGAGUGAAUAUAAGGGAGAUCUUUUCAGUGAGGCUGACAUUGAAGGCCCUAAAGUGGAUUUGAACUUGAGAAUUUCUCAACCUUCUUCUAUACACAGCCCAAAGAGGGAUCAAAAUCAGCAAGAUUUCCCGUUCCAUAAUGCUCCAUUUAAUGCCUCCUCUGCUAAAAAGAACAAUCAUGCUCAUCUGGAACCCACUCAUAUCCAUAUGCCCUCUGAGACUUUGCAUUCUUGGACGGAUCAAAAUCUUGCUUUCUAUUCCAGCACCGAGGAAAGAACAAGAGAAAAGAGGCCAAUGGGGGGAUUGCAAUCUCUCCCAAACUGGACUUGGCAGAUGCAACGCCAAAUUCCACUGCCACUGUUCACUUCUGUAGCAUCAUCAGGAUUCUUGACGACUGCCAUCCCAAGAGCUGCCAUUCCCACCCUCAACACGCAAGCUGCAAAGCCAUAUCCACUCCCACCCCACGGUCUUAAAUAAUCGAUAGGGCAGAAGCUUAAGAUGUCCUGUGCGUGGGAUGCAACCACAACAACAACAACCAAAAAAAAAAAAAAGAAGAAGUUCGUCUGUGCGAAAAUACUUAGGAGUGGUGCAGGAUGGUCAACUGCAACGAAGAAUAAAAACGAGUGUGGUGAUUGUGUAUAAUUUAACUGUAGAGAAAUAAAGCAUCACUGGUGAGACCUUGUCUUUUUGCAUCAGUCCACUGAACUGAACUGAACUGAUUUAAAUGUAUCAGGGUGGACGUAGAUUUCCGAAUUGACUAAAAG